ACGAGAAUCACUCGCGCCGAUCGACACUCUUCAUCUCGAUUUUGUGACAGCAGACAAGAGAUUUGAGACAGGGUCAUCAGUAUGUCGUGCCUAAUCACAUCGCAAAGGAGACGAUGUCCUUACUCUAUGACAAAUCCCAAUUGCUCGUGAUCUCAAUUCACCGGCUGGGACUUUCGAUCAGUCUGUUCACUCGUGGAGCUGUGCGCACUCCUGCGAUGCGUUCCUGUCGAAUCGGACUUGGCAAUGCCGAGAUUUCCGUCCGGUCUGGCCGGAGCCUUUUCAAAAUCUCGAACCCUCACCCACAAAAGGGUUCAUCCAAGAUGUAAGUCAGGGACUGCAGGGGCUGACCCAGAUUUGACUAUCCAAAGGACUUGAAUUUCCGAGUCUGGUUGCACGCACUCCAAUGCUCCACGGGUGCAAACUCUAUUCCAAUCAAAAGAAAUCCCAAAACCCGCAAUGACAUGGGCAUCCGGGCCAGCGAAAGCUCAUAUCCGGGGGAUUGCGACAGGCACCAAAGUCUACAUGGUUAGAGCAGUGCCACUGCAAGACUCUUCACCGUCCAACCGUCCAACCGUCUAUCGGUCCUGCCAGGGGCAGUCCACUUGCAAGCAGGCCUAAGUUGAUCAUUGGAUGUCCGAGUAUUUUUGGAACGUCAUCAGCCAAUCGGCUGCGAGAUGGUGCGGACAAGCAAACGUGUCGCGCUCCACAAUGGGUCCACUCGGUUUCUCCGGUGGCGCCGUCUAGACUUGGAUGCCCUUAUUGUUCGUUGGGCUUUUUGGGGGCUUUCGGGCCUCUGGGGGGCCUGGCUUUUUGUUCUUCUUGCAUAUUAUUCUAUCCUUUCUCUCUCUUUCUUUCCUAUCUUCCUCUCUUUCUUCAACGAUUCUUCUUCUUGUAUUUCCUAGAUACGUUCUUUUCAAGAUCCCUUGAUCUGUGAUUUAUAUUCUCUAUUUCACGUCACUCGCUGCCUUUUUUCUUUUUGCUUUCCCUGGACCUUCCUUGUACUCGAUAUAUUCGACCCGCACACACACACACACACACGACACAUUCGUUAGAUCACACAUCCAACAUGUUCUCCAAGCAGGCUAUCGCUCUUGCGCUGUCCAUUGUGGCCGCCGAGGCUGCCCAGCAGGGUUUCAACUACGGUGCCUCCAAGGUUGAUGGCAGCAUCAAUUACGAGGCCGACUUCAAGACCGAGUUCCAGACGGCCAAGAAGCUAGUCGGCACCUCCGGCGGCUUCACCAGUGCCCGCCUGUACACCAUGAUCCAGGGUGGUACCACCAGCGACCCCAUCCAGGCUAUUCCCGCCGCCAUUGCUGAGGACACCUCUCUCCUGCUCGGCCUCUGGACCUCCGGUGGCAACAUUGACAACGAGAUUACCGCUCUCAAGUCCGCCAUCAGCACCUACGGCGAGUCCUUCACCAAGCUGGUCGUCGGUAUCUCCGUCGGUAGCGAGGAUCUCUACCGCAACUCGGUCACUGGCUCCCAGAACAACGCCGGUGUUGGUAUCAACCCCGACGUGCUAGUCACCUACAUCAAGCAGGUCAAGUCUGCCAUCUCCGGCACCACCCUGAGCAGCGCUUCCAUCGGUCACGUCGACACCUGGGAUGCCUGGACCAACAGCUCCAACUCUGCUGUGAUCGACGAGAUCGACUGGCUCGGCUUCGACGGCUACCCUUACUUCCAGACCACCAUGUCCAACGGUAUCGACCAGGGCAAGACUCUCUUCGACGAGGCCGUCGCCAAGACCAAGGCCGUCGCCAACGGCAAGGAGGUCUGGAUCACCGAGACCGGCUGGCCCGUCAGCGGUCCCGACGAGAAUGAUGCCGUUGCCUCCAUCGCCAACGCCAAGCAGUACUGGGACGAGGUCGGCUGCCCUCUCUUCGGCGAGACCAACACCUGGUGGUACAUGCUCGCCGAUGCUGGCGCCAGCCCCAGCUUCGGUGUCACCGGUAGCACCUCCAGCACCAACCCUCUGUUCAACCUGUCCUGCAACUCCACCUCCACCUCUUCCAGCUCGGCCUCCGCCUCCUCCUCCUCCACUGGCUCCAAGUCUGGCUCUGCCUCUUCUUCCUCCGUCAGUGGUUUCGCUACCUCCUCUAAGGUCGGCUUCGGCGUUGGCCGCAGCAGUGCUCACCCCUCUCAGACCUCUACCCCUCUGAUCGCUGCCACCCAGACCGCCGCCUCUAGCUCUGGUACCUCCUCUCCCUCUUCCUCCAACUCCGGCAGCUCCUCUUCCGGCUCUUCUUCCUCGGGCUCCAGCUCCGGCUCGGGCUCGGGCUCCGGCUCUAGCUCCAGCAGCUCUGCCUCCGCCACUUCCACCACCAGCUUCAACUCUGCUGCCCGCUCCUCCGGCUCAGCUUUCGCUGCCCUCGCCGCUGCUCUGGUCCUCGCCAUUGCCCUUUAAGUGCACCUUGUUUCGGGGUUCUAUUAGGCGUGACUGGCUAGGCGAAUCUGGAUAGCACCGAUUCUGGAGUAUCGUUAUUUAUAUUGUGAAUAUCCCUUUCUUACUCUCGUUUAUUACAUGUAUAUUUUUGUUAUAGAAAUAAACGUUUCUCCGGCUUCAUUUUGAUCUUCUGCAAAUGUUGUGGCAAUUAGAUUAAUUCGGCUUCAUCGAAGGAAAACAUUCAACCAAUUCUUUACUAUUUUUCCCCCAACCCCUAACCCCCUACCAAAUAUUAUCUGCUCAUAGCUUCCUACAGCUAUGGAGAACAUUAGUAUUUCUUCAAAACAUUCAAAUCCAC